AUGCUAUUUGUCAACGCUUUCCUCGCCGCAGCUACUUUGGCCAGGGCGACUGCAAAAGCAAAAGCAAAAGCAAAAGCAGAUGGGGGUAGUGCAUACGUCGGAACUUUCAAGCUCUGCCUAGAACCCGGCUUUGUCAACUGCGCCUCCAUUUUUGGCGAAGAUAUAGACGAGAAGAUGACCGGAUUCGAUACCUCUGGCUACGGAUGCGAAUUUUUCGUUUCUUCUAAAUGUCACACCGCUGACGAAUACUUUGUUUAUCGAGGUACUAUUGGCGACGUUCUGAGCGGCGAUAAUGCUUUCUCCAAUGACGCCGUUUCUUCGUUCCGCUGCGAAACGUAG